AUGCGUUCUUUACUUUCCAUCAUCCUCAUACUGGUCGCUUCCGCUGCGCUGAUAGCGGCCGUCCCCGCUGGCUCGAGCAUUACUCCACCGCCGCCGAUUGAGCCCGUCCAGCUCCUCUCCUCGCAACCCUCCGACUCGAAACGGCCAUGGAUUCGCCUGCGGGACUGGAUCAUUGAGUCCAUCUGGGGUAUUCCCAAAUCCCGCUCACCGGGAUUCCCCUCAAAGGAUGCCGCUGGUCGCGCGCCGCCGUCCCAAGUCCUCGCCCGAUACGGUAGCGAUGUCGUCCUCCGGUUCCAGUUGCGGGAUCAGCAGGAGGCCGAAGCGCUAGCCCAGGCGACCGAUAUUCUGUUCUUGGACGUGUGGGCGUCGACCUCGGAAUUUGUGGACAUUCGAUUGGCCCAGGAGGUGAUUCCAUCCUUGCUCGGCCUUCUACCGGAUUCCCUACGCACCGCAUACACCCCGUUGAUAGAUAACCUCUCCGAGAUGAUCUACACCUCGUACCCAACCCGCCGUCCCGUCGGGCUGGAGAACCAACCCGGAUUCAGUUCGUCCAUCCGACAGUCUCAACAGUUCGGAGACCUGUUCUUCCGCGACUACCAACCUCUCUCGGUCAUCGUGCACUGGAUGCGCCUGAUGUCCUCCAUGUUCUCGUCGCAUGUUCGCCUGAUCAAUGUGGGCGUCUCCUACGAAGGCCGGGAGAUCCCCGCCCUCCGCCUGGGCACCAGCGGUCCCAAUACACAGGACACCCCGCGCAAGACCGUCCUGAUGGUGGGCGGCAGCCACGCCCGCGAAUGGAUCAGCACGUCGACCGUGACCUAUGUGGCGUACCAGCUCAUCGCCAAAUACGGCAAAUCGCGCGCCGUGACCCGGCUCCUCGAGGAGUUCGACUGGGUGUUUGUGCCGACGCUGAACCCGGACGGGUACGUCUACACGUGGGAAUCGGACCGUCUGUGGCGCAAGAACCGGCAGCCGACAAGUCUGCGCUUCUGCCCGGGGAUCGAUCUCGACCGGGCGUGGAGCUUCGAAUGGGACGGCGAGCGCACGCGGACCAACCCGUGCUCGGAGAACUACGCGGGUGACGAGCCGUUCGAGGGGCUCGAGUCGGCGCAGCUGGCCCAGUGGGCGCUCAACGAAACGCAGCACCAUAAUGCGGAGAUUGUCGCCUUCCUCGACCUGCACUCGUACUCGCAGCAGAUCCUGUAUCCGUUUUCCUUCUCGUGCUCGACCAUGCCGCCUACGCUGGAGAGUCUGGAGGAGGUGGCGAUGGGUCUGGCCAAGACGAUUCGCCAAACUACGCAGGAGGUCUACGACGUCACGUCGGCGUGCGAGGGGAUCGUCACCGCCCAGGAGCAGAAGGCUUCCAAGCGGUUCUUCCCCGUCGGGGGCAGUUCCGGAGGCAGUGCCCUGGACUGGUUCUAUCACCAGCUGCAUACGAUCUACUCGUACCAAAUCAAGCUCCGUGACCGCGGGAGCUACGGGUUCCUACUACCGUCAGAGCAUAUUGUUCCUACGGGGAAGGAGAUGUACAACGUGGCCCUGCGGUUGGGACAGUUUCUGGUAGGCGAGUCCGCGCAGGAUAUUGACUGGAGUGCGGAUUUGAUGGACGCGCCGGGGACCUCGGAUGAUGGUCGGGAGACUGACGUGGAUCUAAAUCGUGAUGGGGCGGGCGAGGAGGGUGUUGACAGCGAAUUGGAUGCGGUUGACGAGGAAUGGGAGCUGAUUGAUUGGGAGGACGAACAUACAUAUGAGCUGCGGAAAUAA